AGCAGGACACACACACACUCAGAGAGACUGAAGAUGCAGUUCUGUGGCUGUUUGCUGUUCUCCUGCCUGAUGUUCAUCACGCUGCUCCACUGCAGCGUCGACAGCUUCAGAGUCCAACACCCGCGUGUAGACCGAACCGCCCCGAGGGCCGCGGCGGCUCUUCGGCCCUGUCCCGGAGCGGUGAAGGCAGGGGAGGAGCUGACGGCGAAGCUGCUCCGAUUGGACGACCUGGUGAGGAUGGAGAAUGACGUCAUGGAGCCAAAGAGGAAGAGGAGUUUCCCCGGCAACAACGCCCCGCUGGACCGCCUGUCGGUCAGCUCCAUGGAGACCAAACAGGGAACAUCCAAGCAGAGUAAGGUAGUGGAGUUGCCACGGCGACGAGUCAAUCCGCCUCCCAUCGACAGGAUCGGGAUGAGUCGCCUGCCCACGAGUCGAGGAUAGGCCACGCCCCCCUGCCUCUGACAGCCCACCUCCCCCCUCCACAGCGCCCUCCUCUGGACAGAGGAAUCACAACAGAUGCAUGAAACACAGCCAAUCACCAACUGCCACGCCCAACACCUGUCAAUCAUCCACCUGCACUUCACCUGGACACCCCCACCCCCCCACAGCAAUGAAUGUUUCAUGAUGGUGCAUUCAGGUGCUGCUUGGCAAAAUUUACAACGCAUUAUCAUGAAAGGGUUCGUAUGAUAUGGUACGAAAACUUGCACAACAAUUGGUACGUUAUCCCAGAAAUUAAGGUGACCGCCGGUAGGUCACAUGACAACCAGUCACAUGACAUGUUCGGUGACUGAGCCGGAUACAGAGCACAGUGAUGGGAACGGUCAUUUCAGAGGCCGUUACAGUUGAGUUUAACCCACAAAAGUUAAGUUUAGGCACCAAAACGACUAGUUAAGAUUAGCAAAAAUAUUGUGUUUUCUCCUUAAAGGUAUAGUACGUGAUGUUAAUCUAAUCCACUUUUUGUCACAUUCAGUGAAUACCUCCUGAAUAACAGAAUAAUCCGAGUACUUCUUCCACGUCUGGUGUUGAGACAAAGUGAAACCCUGACGCAUUUUAGCAAGUUUGGAAGUUAUGUUGUGAAUUUUUACAGUGAAAUAAAUUUAUUUUAACGGAUCAGUAAAUCCGAGUGAAUCGUCCGCGUCAAUUUUAACUUGAACUUUAUUUUAAAAUUUUGUACCUGAGAAAAUGAAUCCCAUUUCAGGAUAUUACAAAUUAACUUUAACGGAGUUCCCUUUUUUGGGCGGUCAAAUUCAACUUUGAGCAAACUCCCUUUCGCACCUGAACAGUUAGGGUGCAACUUACUUGCAGUGUUUUCAGGGUGUCACCUGAAUGCA